UUAAGGAUUCUCUUCUAGUCUUCUUCGCACUUCUCAUUGCUCUGUACAACCAAGCAAAGCUUUACUGCUGGGUUUAGGCCAGUAUUAUUUUCUUUACUGGGACAUCUUAUAAGGUUAUAUUCUUCACAGCUUUUGAUUGCUUAUUAUCUCUGGACUGAUAAAUAUCUUUUAUUCUUUUGUUGCUAAUUAAUUCUAGAUUGAAUGUGUGGUUUCUGAUUAAUUGUUCCCUUCAAUAUUUCUUCUGGGUCAGCUUGUUUAGAUCGAACAAGUAGAUUUCCAUGCGCUAAAAUUAAUGGGUAUCCAAGGAUUUUGUUGAAUGUCUUGAGUUUAAUAUUGAAAUACAGUGUUGCAACUUUCAAGAAUUUCCUCUUGAGUAGUUUGUAAGUGACCAAACAGAUAGUAAGUUAAGAGAUAUGGAUUCAAUGUCAAAGUUUCAAGGAAGAAUUGAGGAUAGGUUAAGUGCGCUACCAGAUGAAGUUCUUUGUCACAUACUAUCCUUCCUCCCCACAAAAUUUGCUGUGAUGACCACGGUUCUGUCAAAGAGGUGGAAAAACAAAUGGACUGCUGUUUCCAAUCUAGACUUCAUGGAAUGCUUCGAUGUUGAGUUCAAAAGGUUUGUAAAUUGGGUACUUGACUUUCGUGGUUUGUCAAACAUCCAAAAAUUCAAACUUGAAUGUUCGCGUUACUACAAUUUUCAGCGUUUACCCUACAUAGGAAUGUUCACUGUUGACCAUAGGCGUGAUAAAUAUCUCUCUCUUAUUCGUCAUUGGAUUCGCACUGCCAUUGGGCGUAAUGUUAUUGAACUUGACCUGUAUAUCGAGUUAUUUUCAGAACGACAUGAUUUUGUGUUACCUAAGAGCCUUUUUGGGUGUAAAACACUGGAGGUUUUGAAGAUUGGGCCAAAUUUUAUUAUCAAUGAUCUUCCCCAGUCAGAGAACUUCUUCCCAAGUCUCAAGUUUCUUGCUGUUUUUGUUCACCAUCCCGACAAUGGCUCAAUGGAAAAGCUUUUUCCUCACUUUCCACUACUUGAAGAUUUGGCUAUAGAUGGAAUCCUCGGGCAAAAGGAAGAUUUGAAAGUCAACAUCUCUGCACCUAAACUGAAGACGUUAAGAAUAUAUUUGCAGGUUGACAGAUGUGAUUAUCAUGAGCACAAUUUUUACAUUAGAGCUCCAAAUCUUGAAAAUCUUGAUCUCAUGCAAGAUAAUUUUAUAAAUUUUACUUUGGAAACUCCAAACUCCCUAGUCAAAGCUGAAGUUGAUGUCAGAGGGCGUUAUGCAAAAGAAAAGCCUGAUCAUACAAUUGCACUUCCUGAAGGAAUUUCCAAUGUCAAGUACCUGUCUCUCAGAGAUAAUACUUUCGAGGGUUGUCCUCUGCCUACUUUUAAUAACUUGAACCAUUUGAAGCUGUGUCUUUGUGAUUGCAAUUAUGGAAGAUUGCUAACAGAGUCACUCAAGAGUUUUCCUAAUCUGGAACAUCUUGACAUUGAAUAUAGGUCCCUAAGUCGUGAAGAACUUUAUCUACCGGAGUUUGUGCCGUUUUGUUUGUUGUCACGUCUCAAGACUAUCUCUAUAAGGGGAUUUGAGGGACAUCAAGUUGAGAUGGAAGCGGCCAAGUACUUGUUAAAGAAUGGUAGACUUCUGAAAAAGAUGACAAUUGAUACUUAUUACCUGCACAACAAACUGGAGGUGUUGUAUAAGGAAUUUUUGAUGCUUCAAAAGGGUUCACUGAAUUGUCAAGUUGAAUUUGUCGAAAUGAAAUAGGACUCCUUCGAAGUUCAAUUCCAGGUUUGUUCUAAGUUGUACAAGCACCGUCUUUGCUAAUAGAAGAUGAAUACUACAUUCAGUUUCAAUUUCAUUGCAAGCAUAUGUAACUCAGGCGUGAGUUCGAUUAUGAUGGAACACAAACUAGCUUUCUGCUUUCCCUUCUUGUUUUUAUUAUAUUUCUUCUGUGUUUCUUGAAGAACUCAGGCAGUCGGCUUGGUUCAUGAAACAAUGAUGAUAGAUUUGAUAGUUUGUCUUGAUAAAUGAUAAUAAUGAUGGAGAAGAUUGUGAUACACCGACUUUAUUUCAAUGUUGGGAUCAAGUACCAUCAUUCGGACUUGGAACCAUUACAGGCCAGUACCAGCUUAGAUCCAUCUAUUUUCCGACUCUGGGCGUCUGAGGAAUCAAGAC